AUGGUUUACAAUUUGCAAGAGACGGCCCAAGGUUUUUCACUUCCUCCACAAGCACGCUGCCUUGUUGGUCUCUACGAUUUUCAGUCCGGACCCUUGGCUGAGCAGUCAGAAAAUGCACGCUUCUUGGUCGGUUGCCAGUCUGUGACGCCUAAUGGAAGCCAGGUGCAUCUAGUGACUCUAGAGGAAGGGUACUCCUGUCAGUCAUUACACCUAAGGAGUCAAUCUUUCAUCCACCCGGACGGUGAAGUCGUUGGCUUGACAGCGCUCCCUGCUGCUCCGCUCCUCUUCGUUUCUGUCUACUCAUCCAUCUCAGAAAGCAAGACAGAACUGAGCAGCGGUGCUCGAAUUUGGCGUCUUCCACCGCCGCCUCCACAGUCGCUCUCACCGACUGAGUCGGAGGAAGAGAAAGAAAUUGAUUUCGCGGAUCGACCCCCGGAACAGUUGGAGUUCGUCACUAGUGUACCCUGCAACGAUUUUAACUCGAUUAAAAAAGUUGCAGCACACCCCUCUGAAACCUGCAGCGACUUGGUAUGUGUAUUAGGUCCACCCCUCCCGGGAACACAGCACUUUUCGAGCAGCCGAACAGUGUCACCAACAUCCAGUUUUCUGGCCAUUCUUAAGGCUGCCUCAGGCGACUACGCCGUCAAUACAUGUAGCCAACUGCGACUUCCGACGGAAGUCGGUGAGGUCGCAGGGGGAUCAAUCACCUCUCCCGUAAAUGCUGUUCGAUGGUCUCCUCAUCGAAACGCCUCCACAGUCGGAGUUGCCUUUGAUUCUGGCGUCCUCGGCAUUGACACACGUUGCAUGCAGCCUUGUUUCUGGUUGGGUGAUGUACACUGGCCAUGUGUACGUGACAUUGAUUUUAAUCCAAACUUGGAUCACAUUUUGGCCACUGGUGGCGACGAUGGAUGCCUCAGUGUGUGGGACCUUCGAUCGAUUCAGAAGGUCGGUGCUACCUCACAUGGAAACUUUUCAUUUAGGAGUGUCAGCUCUGGAACGGUUGGGUUAAAGCCCCUCGUAACUAUUCCUGCGCACUCGCACUGGAUAUGGACUGUACGAUACCAUCCAACUCGAGAUCAGCUGCUUCUAUCAGCUAGCAGUGAUUCUUGCAUCUGCCUCUACGGCUUGCCCAGUUUUUCUUCGGAAACUGGGGCCUUGAGUAAAACGGAUGGCACCAAAGCUAACAGUGGAGGGUCUUCUCCUGCGGAGUCCGAAAUCUCUGUUGAAGGUUUGGAGGAUGGAGUGCUGGGGCGUCUGGAACAGCAGCAGGAGAGCAUUUAUGCGGUUGACUGGAGCCCCGUGGAUCCCUGGACUUUUGCUUCCGUGAACUAUGAUGGGCACUUUUUGGUUAACCAGGUGCCCGACAAGGUCAAGCUGGGAAUUCUCCUUCAAUGCGACGACGACGAGGAGGAGGAAGCGGACGACUUUGACAAGGUAUAA